AUCUCCCCCCAAGAUUUUUUUUUUUUUGGUGGAAAAUCUCCCCCAAUAUUAAUUAAGAGAAUAUAUAUUUAUGUGUGGGGUAAUCUCUUAGAAUUGAAGCCGAAUAGUGUAAUGGUAAUCGAGAGGAAUGGAUUGUAAUGAUUACAUGUAAUGAAGGUUGGAUUUAGGUCGUGUAAUCGAUUUGGCUUCAAUUGUGUACAAGGUAAGAUUAUAAUUUCUUUUGGUAGAUGGUAAGAUUAGAAUUCUGUAUUAGCCAAGGUUGUCAACCCGCGGGAUGACUGGACCUGGUCAAGCUAGUGGGUCGGCUAGGAAUCUAGACCAAACUAUAUGAGAAACUAUGGUCUAGUCCAGAUUGUAUGGUUUGGUCCGGAUUGUGAGACCAGAAUCACAGUUUGGUCUGGUUUGUGGUCUCUCCUUUUAGUUUGUGGUCUGACACGGUCUGGAACGCGGUAAUCGUGGUUUAUCGCGGUUCACAAAUCGAGCCUGGUCAAUCCGAUCAUGGCGAACAAAUAAUCUGAUCUUGCUAUUGUAGAUUUCUGCAUAAGCAUAACAAAUCUAUUGAUUCUUCAUCCAACUGAAAACUAACAGACUGCUCAAGCGAUCUCUUUUGUGUUAUCUCCUUCCUAAUGAAAGAACCACACAAAAAUAAGAAAAAAGAUGGGGAAAUGAUCUCAACUAGCCAUGUCUAGAGUCCGGAGUCUGAUUAUAAAGAAAUUGAGAACAAAAUUUGUUUACCCAAAUGAGAUAAGAGAAAUUCUUUCGGGCAAAUCGCCAACCUAGUGGUUCAAAAUGAUAUCGACUUCUUCGUGGUAGGAAUUGACUACGAGAACCGUUGAGCACCUGGAAGAGUGAGAGAAACAAUAACACAAAGAGGAAGAGGAAUACACAAUUAUUUAUUGUGUUUUUAUUUUAAGUAUAUAGACUGGAGUAGGAGUAAGAAAUUUAAUUAGUACACUUCUCUCAGCAUAUUUCUUCAUGGGUUAGUUACGGUCACUAAAUUUUGUUUCACUAGUAGAUCGAUCACGAAAAAGAUGACAUAAUUAGAGGAUGAAUCAAUGGUGGGAGCGGUGUCACGUUUGAAUGAUAUCUCGGGUGGAGAAGGAGCUUAGCUUAUGGAAGUCAUGGCUUCGGGACCCGGUUGGAGUUCCAUGAUCAUGGCAAGAGGCUCAAGCGGGGUCGGAGGUGCGACCAGGGAGGCAUUGAUGGAUUAGAUUUGCACUACUAUGUGUUCCAUUUUCAUCGGAGUUCUCUUCUUCGGCAUGAGACCCAACAGUGUUCAGUAGAACCAGUAGGGAGGAGUGCUUAAAGGAGGAUCCAGCUUGAUGGAUGGUAACACCCAAUAUGGUGUUAUUUAGAGCUCAAAUUUAGGAUUGUUUGAGUCAUUAUAUGGUCUUCAUGGUUAAUAUAUCAUAAAUUAUACCCUUUAUUCAUUCUUUAGAGAAAAUAUUAACAUUUUAGUGUGCAUUAGUCGAUAUGAAUGUUUUAGGUUACAAAAGAGGGCACAAAUGUAGAGAAAUGUGCAAAUACUGAGGAUCACAGCCAGGCAUAGAAGAGAAUGGUCUGGAAUAGAGGUCACCAAGCUGGACAGGGAGAUCGCAACCACCAUAGCAAAGAUCACGACCGCGAAGAAGGAGGCCUUAGGCGCGAACUCUUGCAGCAGCCAAUAAGGAAGAAACAUAAAUUUUGAUAGUCGAAUCAUGAAUUUCUGCAUCAGAGCCUGUGAAUAAGAUUGCGGCCAAGACUCACGGAUCACGACCGUGAAGUCGGGCCACGAACUUUCCUGCCAUCGAAGCGCAAAAAGGCAAGGCCAGAGAUUGCGGCCUCCCCUUUCCAGAUGGCAAUCGUGAACUUUCACAGUUCGACUGGUUUGAGAGAGAGAAAGUAGAGAGAGAAGUUGAAAGAAUGAGAAGAAGGAGGAGUCAAGGAGGAAGGGAGCUCUCCUCAAUUCAAUACUUCUUCUAUGUAUAUACAUGUAUUUUCUUACCUCCUUUAUGGAGUAGUCCUCUAAGGUACUAGGGGUUAAAACCCCCCCAAAAUGUUAGAUUUAGGUUUUAAAUGUAGAUGUAGUUGUGUUAUGGUUUGUAUAUAAAUUUGUUUGUUUCAGUGAUCAUAUGCUUCAUUAUGCUUGAUUAUGUUGUGGAUUGUCUCUCCAAAUCUUUCCUACUAGCUUAAAACUGAUUCUCAGAACUAGGUGGGAAUUUAAGGUUUAGACUGGAUUUGAGCGUCCUAAGGUUAAUUGGAGGUAGAUGAAUGAUCUUAGGGCUUCUUUUAGUGGACGAGGUGACUAAACCCUUACUGGAAGAAUGCCUUCUAGAGACAAUGCUAGAGAUAAUGUAAGCAUCAUCAAUCCAUCGCUUUAGUGUGCCUGAUAGGUUGAACCUAUUAGGAGAAACUAGCGGUUAUUCCUUAGUACGUGAGCUUUGACCGAGGUGACAAUGGGUCUCUGGGAGCGUACUAGGAGGAGACGGAGUUAUCAUUGAAACCAUCACUUUAGCGAGUUUCGUACCUCAUCCUGCAAACCCAACAUAGUUGGCCAUUUGCAUGAAGAACCUAGAGUUAGGGAGAGGGAGUUACCUCGAAGUACCUGCUUUGUAUCUUUGCUUUCUCCACCAGUAUUUUCAAUUGACCUCCAAAAACCCAACUAAACAUAUUGGUUAGAUGACAACAAAGUGAGAAGUAGUAUGGGGUAUCAAAAUCCAUGGAAUAUGACCUUGGUCACCACUAUAUUAGCAACGCCCUUUCGAUUUAUACUUUGCUCAAAAUGGAAGGUUAGUUAGACCGUGCAAACAAUUGACAUAACCCGCAUGGGGGUUCAACCAUGUGGGAAAAUGCUACAGGGACAAGGAUAGAUGAUUAAGUCGUCAAGAGAGUGGGCUAGGGUCGCAGCGCCAAGCGCUGCUAGGUUUGGGUUCGCGGAUGGGUUUCCCUGGGUUUUGAGUUGCAGCUCGUAUAACUGGAGUGGGCAGGUGCAAUUAGGAACAAAAGCAGAAGUCAGCGAGAGCAUCUUCAACUUCAAUGCGAGAAUGAGCCACGAAGGGUGGGUUGGGCCGAACAUGUUGGCCUUUGGUGGUUUUGGACUGAGUGGGCUCAAUGUGGGAGAUGUGCAGCAGAGUCGCUGGUCUGCAAUGCCGAAAUGGGGAACAUGACCCGACAGACUUAGACGAGAAAGCAGAGGUGCUUACAUUUUGGUAAUGGAUCAACUGGACUUCCUAAUGUUUAAUAGGAGUGAGGAUCAUUUGGAGUGAUUUUCGCGAGUGGAGCAGUCCUUUAAAUUCUAAAAGAUUUAGGAGGAGCUAUGGGCUCGCUUUAGGACAUCAUAAGGGAGUGUAGCCAUGAUUAGAACAAAUUGAUUGCUCAACGAUUAUCUACUUGCAUUCGAGAUAUUUGGUAAUCGAUACAUGGGGUGGAAAAAAGAGGCUCUGGUUAUUGACAUGCUUAAAAUGAAACUAUAUGAUGCUA